AUGCCUUCUUCAGAGCCCGUCUUCUCUACCCCCCUCACUAGGUUGUUUGGGAUCAACCACCCCGUUAUGUUAGCGGGAAUGAACGUGGCUGCCGGCCCAAAGCUUGCAGCUGCGGUUACCAACGCAGGUGGCAUUGGGGUCAUCGGAGGCGUGCGCCAGAGCCCCAAGUUCCUCCAAGGUUCCAUUGAUGACCUGAAGUCCCAUCUUGAGGACAAGAACGCCCCAUUUGGCGUUGAUCUACUGCUGCCCCAGGUCGGCGGGAGUGCUAGAAAGACCAAUUACGACUACACCGCUGGUCAGCUUCCUGAGCUCAUCGACGUUAUCAUAAAAAACAAGGCGGCACUUUUCGUCUGCGCUGUGGGCGUUCCACCCAAAUGGGCCGUUGACAAACUUCACGCCGCUAAUAUCAAGGUCAUGAAUAUGAUCGGACACCCUAAGCACGUUGCGAAAGCUCUUGCGCAAGGUGUCGAUAUCAUUUGUGCACAGGGUGGUGAAGGUGGCGGUCACACGGGGGACACACCCUUCUCCAUCCUGAUCCCCGCCGUGGUUGAUCUUUGCAAAAAUGCUAAGAGCCCUCUAACGGGAGAACCCAUUCUUGUCGUUGCGGCGGGCGGCAUAUCCGAUGGUCGUGGUCUAGCCUCUGCACUCGCGUACGGCGCUGCGGGCGUCUGGGUCGGCACAAGAUUUGUCGCUAGUGUGGAAGCUGGCGCUCCCAAGGCACACAAAGAAGCUGUCUUAAGCGCAGGCUACGACGACACCCUCCGCACGCUAGUUUACUCUGGCAGGCCGAUGAGCGUCCGCAAAACACCUUACUUGACGGAAUGGGAGACAUCUCGCCGUCAUGAGUUAGAGAAACUCCUCUCGGAAGGGAAAGUGCCACACGAAGAAGAGCUCAAGGUUCACCCCGAAAGAUCCGUCAGUGGCCAUUCCUGGUUGAUGGGCAAAGUUGCUGGCGCUAUCAAAGAUAUCAAACCUGCCCGAGAGAUUGUCGACGAGCUGGUAAACACAGCUGCCGCCAGCUUGCAGUCCGCAACAUCCCAAUUUGUGCCUAAAGCUCGGCUGUAA